AUAUUAGAUAUGAUCUCUGCCGUCUGUAGUCAGGGUUGGAGUUUGGCUAUAUCCGUAGAUCCUCCACGAUACCUGCAUAGUGGCCAUGGCUAAAAUUUUUCAAGGAGACGACAACGACCACCUACCCCAUACUAGUACGAGAGGCAGGGUUCCCCACUUUGGAUAUCCGUGAAGCGAAUAUUUUGCAUGAUGACCAAGUCUCCAGCUUCUAACGGUAAGGUUGAUCCAGUUUUGCUGGAAGACCGCACCUCUUCAAUUGGAUGGUUAUUCAUUACUUCCUACUACGAGUUCUACAAUACCCAGAUCGAAAACAUCCACAAGAUAUACCAGCUGAAUGCUUCACUCAGCCAUGGUGCUUUCCCCCGAUCCAACGACGAAGAAACUGUCCACAAGGCCCAGGGAACUGAUGCCAUCAUAAACAGAUUCAAGAACGAUCAGUUGAAGAAAAAUAGUAAUAGAAUUGUGAUCACCGACGCUGAGUUCCAAGUGUCCUCUGAGAAGAACAUCUUGAUUGUGGUGUUUGGAGAAUGGUCCAAGGAAGACUCUCCUUACUACCAAUUUACCCAAACUUUUGUUUUGGUUCCAGGAAAGAAGGACAACACCUUCGAUGUGGCCAACGAUGUGUUGAGAUUCACAGGCGCAGAACUGAAGGCAAAGAGCACUACUCAGACCUCAGAAGCCAAGAAGGAAGAACCUAAAGCUCCUAGUCAAGAAGUUGAACCGGUUGUUGAAUCUGAAGAGCAGGCCAAGUCCCCUGAGCCAGUUGAGGAACCAGUUGAAGAACCAGUUGAGUCUGAGGAAGUUCCUGAACCCGAUGCUGCCACAGAGGAGCCAGAAGAACAAAAGGAAGAAGAUAAGGAAGAGGACAAGGAUGUAGAAACCGCGGAAGAGAAGGCCGCAUCCUCUCCAGAAAGCGAAUCUGACAGCUCCAAGACUCCAUCACAACCAUUGUCCUGGGCUGCCUUGGCCUCUCAAGCAGCUGCCAAGGUCGUUGCUAAACCAGUACCAACCCCAAGCGUCACCAAGGUUGUUCCAAUCAAGAAACCAGCUCCAGCUCCAGUUCAGAACGGCAAGUUCAAGAAGGAAGAAUGGUUCCCAAUCUACAUUCGUGGAAUCAAGUCUGGAGGCAAGCAAUUGGACGAGAAGGUUUUGCGUGAUCAUAUCUCCAAGAAGUUUGGUGAGCUCAAGUUCUUCAGACCUAAUGCCAAUAUUGCCUUGUGUGAUUUCGUGUCAGUUGAAGCCCAAAGAAAGGCCCUCGAUGCCAAGGAAACCGUGGUUGACGGGGUCACCAUUUUCUUGGAGCCUAGAGAGUCCAAGACUGGCAACAGCUACCACAAAAAGUUCAAGGAUCAAAAGGAAAAGCCCAACAACGAUCCAAAACGUAAGGUUGAAAAGAAAAUUCCUCCUCCUAAAAAGGCAACCAAGCAAACCGGUAGACCAGAAUAGUCUGCCAAUGUAUAUACUGGCCACCAGUGGAAGGUCCUAUAGAAAUACUAAUUAUCCUCGUACUGAACGUAGCCUCAGCCUCAAAUGAUCGGUCACAUGACCCAUCUCCGCCAAAGUUCCUGUGCGCAUUCAGGUUUCGUGAUACCAUCA